CUUGAUGACUGGAGCAUCACACCGUCUCUACUUCCAAUAUGUUCACUAAGACUGUCGUUGCCCUCGCCCUCGUGGCCUUUGCUGCCUCUGCUCCGUCUCAGCCAGCUUACGGUUAUGCCCCUCAGCCUACCUACGAGGUCCCUGCCAAGUAUGACUUCAACUAUGCUGUGAAGGACGACUACUCCGGGAACGACUUCGGUCACCAGGAGGCCCGUGAUGGCUAUGACACUCAGGGUUCCUACUACGUUCUUCUUCCCGACGGUCGUCUGCAGAAGGUCGCUUACACUGUCAACGGCGACUCCGGCUACGUGGCCGAGGUUAGCUACGAGGGUGAAGCCCAGUACCCUGAGUACCAUCCUGCUCCUGCCUACAAACCCGCCCCUGCUUACAAGCCCGCACCCACUUACCAUGUCGCACCUGCCUACAAGCCUGCCCCUGCCUACGAGCCUGCUCCUAUCUACGAGACCACCCCAGCCUAUGCCUAAAUGAGCUUUUAUUGAAUAGAUUUUGCUAGGUAUUUAUUAAACAGAAAUUCUGC